AUGGCUACAACCACAGUAACCGGUCAUGGGCGACGCGCCUCCAUGCGCCAGGCCGAAUUGCAAAUCCCAACCAAAUCCUCCGUUCCUCAAUCAACGAGCAGCCCGAUAGACAAAUUUCCGCCUUACGAAGACACCCUCGACAUCGUCGCGGGGUCCACUCGUCCAAACCGAAGCGCCUCGUUGAAAUAUGCCCCGAACGAGCUCUGGGAACCCCGAAAAGCAAACCUCUAUUCGAGAGAGUACGGGAACGGGUCAUUACGAAAUCCUAAACUCCGCCCACGAAAGAGCAUCAGCGAAGCUAUCACGACAAUCAGAACACGCAAUGGCAGCAUGAGUGCCAAUGCUCAUGAAUUGGCCGAAGCACUUCGCGCCCCAGUCUCUUACCGACUCACUGCUCUCUGCCUCAUCUGGUAUCUGACCUCUGCCCUCACAAACACAUCCUCGAAAUCGAUAUUGAACGCCCUUCCGAUGCCGAUCACAUUGACGAUGAUCCAAUUUGCAUUUGUCUCCUUUUGGUGUUUGCUAUUGGUGUACCUCUCUACAGUUAUACCUCGAUUGAAGCAAGUCAUCCCGGUCCUUCAACACGGAAUUCGCUACCCAUCCCGUGACGUGAUUUCCACAGCCUUGCCCCUCGCAGUAUUUCAAUUGGCCGGUCACAUUCUGAGCUCUAUGGCCACUGCACAAAUCCCUGUGUCUUUGGUCCACACCAUCAAGGGCCUUUCACCUCUCUUCACAGUUCUAGCAUACCGAAUCCUAUUUCGCAUUCGAUAUGCCCGGGCGACCUAUCUAUCUCUUAUCCCUCUGACUCUGGGUGUGAUGCUUGCAUGCUCGACCGGAGUGUCUACAAAUUUCUUCGGUAUUUUUUGCGCAUUUGGUGCAGCUCUUGUGUUUGUCUCGCAGAACAUAUUCUCGAAGAAACUGUUCAACGAGGCAGACCGUGCAGAAUCAGACCUGCAAAACCCGGGGCGACGGAAGUUGGACAAACUCAACUUGCUUUGCUAUUGCUCCGGCCUAGCUUUUUUCCUCACUCUGCCUAUUUGGUUUGUCACCGAGGGUUACCCGCUAGUAUCUGAUUUCAUUCAUGAUGGUGCGAUAUCGCUAUCGGGUAAGCAAGGCUCACUGGACCACGGUGCUCUUUCUCUUGAGUUUGUUUUUAAUGGGGUCUCACACUUUGCCCAAAACAUCCUGGCUUUUGUGUUGCUGUCCAUGGUUUCUCCUGUGUCCUAUUCAGUGGCAUCAUUGGUCAAGCGUGUGUUUGUGAUCGUGGUAGCGAUUAUAUGGUUUGGGAGCUCGACUACCUCGAUUCAAGCAUUUGGCAUUGGUCUCACUUUCGUGGGCCUCUACCUUUACGAUCGCAAUAGCCAUGACGAUGUAGCUGACCAAAGGGCAAAUACGGAUCAUUUCCGUGCUGAACAGUCCAUUCUCCCAAUGAAUGUGCGGCACUCAAACAAACCAUGGGAUUCUAAUGGUUAUGCCUUCCCCGGGGGAGGCCCUUUGAGGGUGUCCCCAACAACUCCUAUGCUGCAGCAAACAACUCCAAGAAGGAAGACGAUGGGCCUGGGCAUGCCCGGCCAAGAGGAGCCAGUGUUUCUCGUACUUGGUUACCAGGGACCAAACAAGAAUCCACUUGGCAGGUUAGUGAUUCUCAAGCUGCAGCCUAGCAUUUGUAUUUUAUUAGUUCGGUGUAUGAUAUCAUGGUAG